AUGAAGAAACCUCUAACCUCCGGGAGCUUUGUUGCAGAUCUGGCAGGGGUUCGGUCAUUCACGACAGAGCAGGAGAUGGAGGUGAGGAUCAUUGGUGGUGUGGAGGCCUGGGCCCACUCGUGGCCAUGGCAGGUAUCCCUCCGCUUUACCACCAUGCCAGCCUGUGGCGGUGCCAUCAUCGCCCCUCAGUGGGUUCUCACUGCCACACACUGCUUCAAACAGUGAGUAGUUCUGGAAGUUCAAGUAACAAUAAAUUGAGUAGAUGUAUAGCUAGAGAAAUCAAAGUAAUUAUGGAUGGUGUUUUACAGGUAUAACAAAGUGGAUUUCUGGACUGUGAUGGCGGGAAAACAUGACCUUGAGAAUCCUAAUGAAGAAUGUCAACAGGUGGGAUGCACACACGGACGGACUACAUUCAAGUCAUUAAACAUAUUUUUUUCUGUUGUUAUUCUGCAUUGACAUUUCAACUGUUAAGGCACACAUUUACUUUUGUUUUCAGUUGGUUGGAGUCUCUAAAAUAGUCACCCACAAGGAUUACAACCGCAUUACAAAGAUGCAUGACAUUGCCCUGGUGAAGCUAAAGACCCCGCUGAUAUUCAACCAGUGUGUGAGACCCAUAGAGAUAUGGAUGAGGCCAAUCGAACCCAAAAAACAAUGCACAGUGACCGGCUGGGGUACCACCAGAGAGAGUCAGUAGAUUUCCUACAUUUAUUUUUGAAGUUUAGUUGCCUUUUUCAUCUCUUUAUAAGAAAGGUCAGACGGGCUCUUCUGGGGUCAUAACUGACAUUAAAUCAUAAUUGAUCAUCCACAGUGAGGAUGGUCCUGUUACAUGUUUUCCCCUCGUGACCUUUCUCCCCCCUCCUACUCUUCUACUCUCUCAGAUGGGCCUCGUGCCAACAGACUCCAGGAGGUGAAUGUGACCUGUCUAUCCCAAGAGGACUGUAACAAGUUCUACCAUGGUGCAGUUCAGCCCACCAUGUUCUGUGCUGGAGACCCUGAAGGAGGUGUAGACGCCUGCCAGGUAGUGACCUCAAACACUGACAAUGCUUUCAAGUAUUUAUACCUCUCAUUGUAUUCUACUUUCAUAUUAAAAGUCAGUGUGUGUUCUAAGUAUUUUCCCAUUAAUGUUAUCCUCGUCUUGUGACGUGGUUGUUCCUGCAGGGUGACUCAGGUGGACCUCUGUCCUGCUAUACAGGGUCCAGGUAUGAGUUGGCUGGAGUGGUUAGCUGGGGAGUGGGCUGUGGUAGAGCCCAAAGGCCUGGAGUCUAUACUAAAGUACAGGUCUACCUAGACUGGAUCAAUGAAUUAAUUAAAGGUAAGUACACACUUGGAAGCCCAACCCUAGAGAAAUACUUCAUUUUUAAAAAAUGAUCUUUUCUUUUUAACAGGUGAAAAGGCAAUUUCAGGUGAUGGUGGUACUGUAGCUAAAGGUAGGUUAUGUCACUGCACAAUUAUUUAGCUACCUGAAAUAAACUUUUAGGGGGAAAAAAUGAAUGUAUGAUUAAAUGUCAUCUUACUGCCAGCACAUAUUUUUAUUUUCUUGAUCAAAACAUGGCAUUAUCAAAACAGAGGAUCAUAUUUAGUUUGACCACUAACCCUCUUGUACCCUCCCUCUCUUCCUGUCUCCCAGAGAGUUGUGGUCAGAGUGAGAUAUUGACCUGCCGGCUGGACUCCCGCCCAGCAGGGGUGUAUGUGACCUUGGAGGGUGAGGUGCGGGUGGGGAGUGUGACAGAGGCGUGCGCCAACUCCUGGCCCUGGCAGGUCAGUCUGCAGUCCAAAGGGAGACAUUACUGCAGCGGGACCCUGAUCCACCACCACUGGGUCCUGGCACCGCAACACUGCCACUGCAAGUGAGUUAGUCACCAAGUACCGACACAGGACACACACUAUCAUCUGUUAUCUAACCGCUACAUGAUUGUUCAUUUUCUUCUAGUAUUACUUUCUAUAUCUCUCUGUCUUGAUGCUUCAUUCAUUCAGUGGAGUCAAUCACCCACCUUCACAUUCUUUCAUCACACACUUAGUAUUGCUCUCUAAAACAGCCCUUGCAAUGUCAGUGAGGGUAGGUCAGCUACUGUAGUUCUUGUUCACCAGUCCUAUUUCACACAAUCAGUGUCCGUCUAUUCUCUCCUGUCUUUCAGACCUACAGUUGACACAGUGGUUCUGGGAGGUCACGACCUGAGGUUCAUGUCUACCCAGACCAUCCUGGUGGAAGAGGUGUUCAGCCACCCCCACGACGGAACCUUCCCUCCGACAUCUGACCUCACACUCAUCAAGCUCAGUGUUCCAGCUCGAUUCGGUAACAAACUCUAACUCUUCCAGUAUGGGUUACUUUACCUCACUGAUCUGAUUGUAUUGCUUGAAUGGUUUAUCUGGCUAUACAGGACCGUUAACUUGGCUUGCAGGCCAAUUAAAGCAUGUGACAUACAGUGAGGGGAAAAAAGUAUUUGAUCCCCUGCUGAUUUUGUACGUUUUCCCACCGACAAAGACAUGAUCAGUCUAUAAUUUUAAUGGUAGGUUUAUUUGAACAGUGAGAGACAGAAUAACAACAACAAAAAUCCAGAAAAACGCAUGUCAAAAAUGUUAUAAAUUGAUUUGCAUUCUGAGGGAAAUAAGUAUUUGACCCCUCUGCAAAACAUGACUUAGUACUUGGUGGCAAAACCCUUGUUGGCAAUCACAGAGGUCAGACGUGUCUUGUAGUUGGCCACCAGGUUUGCACACAUCUCAGGAGGGAUUUUGUCCCACUCCUCUUUGCAGAUCUUCUCGAAGUCAUUAAGGUUUCGAAACUGACGUUUGGCAACUCGAACCUUCAGCUCCAUCCAGAUUUUCUAUGGGAUUAAGGUCUGGAGACUGGCUAGGCCACUCCAGGACCUUAACGUGCUUCUUCUUGAGCCAGUCCUUUGUUGCCUUGGCCGUGUGUUUUGGGUCAUUGUCAUGCUGGAAUACCCAUCCACGACCCAUUUUCAAUGCCCUGGCUGAGGGAAGGAGGUUCUCACCCAAGAUUUGACGGUACAUGGCCCCGUCCAUCGUCCCUUUGAUGCGGUGAAGUUGUCCUGUCCCCUUAGCAGAAAAACACCCCCAAAGCAUAAUGUUUCCACCUCCAUGUUUGAUGGUGGGGAUGGUGUUCAUGGGGUCAUAGGCAGCAUUCCUCCUCCUCCAAACACGGCGAGUUGAGUUGAUGCCAAAGAGCUCGAUUUUGGUCUCAUCUGACCACAACACUUCACCCAGUUCUCCUCUGAAUCAUUCAGAUGUUCAUUGGCAAACUUCAGACGGCCUGUAUAUGUGCUUUCUUGAGCAGGGGGACCUUGCGUGCGCUGCAGGAUUUCAGUCCUUCACGGCGUAGUGUGUUAACAAUUGUUUUCUUGAUGACUAUGGUCCCAGCUGCCUUGAGAUCAUUGACAAAAUCCUCCCGUGUAGUUCUGGGCUGAUUCCUCACCAUUCUCAUAAUCAUUGCAACUCCACAAGGUGAGAUCUUGCAUGGAGCCCCAGGGCCGAGGGAGAUUGACAGUUAUUUUGUGUUUCUUCCAUUUGCGAAUAAUCGCACCAACUGUUGUCACCUUCUCACCAAGCUGGUCUUGUAGCCCAUUCCAGCCUUGUGUAGGUCUACAAUCUUGGCCCUGACAUCCUUGGAGAGCUCUUUUGUCUUGGCCAUGGUGGAGAGUUUGGAAUCUGAUUGAUUGCUUCUGUGGACAGGUGUCUUUUAUACAGGUAACAAACUGAGAUUAGGAGCACUCCCUUUAAGAGUGUGCUCCUAAUCUCAGCUCGUUGCCUGUAUAAAAGACACCUGGGAGCCAGAAAUCUUUCUGAUUGAGAGGGGGUCAAAUACUUAUUUCCCUCAUUUAAAAUGCAAAUCAAUUUAUAACAAUUUUGACAUGUGUUUUUCUGUAUUUUUUUGUUGUUAUUCUGUCUCUCACUGUUCAAAUAAACCUACCAUUAAAAUUAUAGACUGAUCAUUUUUUUGUCAGUGGGCAAACGUACAAAAUCAGCAGGGGAUCAAAUACUUGAUUCCCUCACUGUAUCUAGGAUGCUUAUUCUGGUGGUGGUCUUCUGAUGUGUCCCUAGAUGACACGGUGUCUCCAGUUUGCCUCCCACAUGAGGAUGUGAAGCUGGAUGACAGCUGGUCCUGUGUGACAACAGGCUGGGGAUCCAGCAACUCGGCACGUAUGUACAGCAACAUAACUCUACAUUCAUGACCAUAAGUUCUCAUGUGAUGUUGGUGGCCGGUUUAUCCCUGAGGAACUGGAGGGACUCCUCCUGGAUCCAUAGUGUUUCAUCGGUCUUGCUCUUACACAGUAUCAUAAAUAGGCAACAGCCUUCUCUAUUAUAAAUAUAUAAUCUUAUCACUUGCUUAUCAUGUGCUCUCUCCGCAUAGCUAAGGUUAGCAGAUCCACCCUGCACCAGGCCAGGCUGGGGCUGGUCAACAGGACCACUUGUAGAGAGAGCUGGGGAGAGGACCUCAUCACAGACACUCAGCUGUGUACAGACCCUGCCGGCUCUGUCUCCUGCAUGGUAAGUAUAGUGGGAUAGUUAACUCUAUAGUGUACUCAUGAAGACAUGGGUUAUGUUUUGGAUCAAUGAAUGGUUGUAAAAGGGUUUUGAACUAACAGUACUGAUGUGAAUGAGUGGUCUUCAUAAAAAUGCCCAAGAAUGAGGAAUGAUUCUAAGUUUCACAACAUUGUUGUAUAGUUACAUUGUUUUUCUGUGUUUAACAUUUAGUGUAAGUUAUCAUUCUUUUAAAUGUCAUCUAGUAUUUUCUUAUUUCUUCCCUAUCUAUAGGGGGACUCUGGUGCUCCACUCCUCUGCCAGAAAAUAAAGGGGGUCUUCUUCCUCUUUGGGGUGGUCACAUGGGGCAGCCCGAGCUGUGACCUCAGCACACCAGCAGUCUUCUCCCGACUAUCAGCUUAUCAUUCCUGGAUCACAAACAUAACCAACGACAUCUGA